GGAGAGGCUGGACGCUGCCCUGGGGCCCCCAGAAGCUACCGGGAGUUUGAAGGGGCCCCUCUGUGUUUAGAAACAAAGGAUGGUGGCCGCACGUGGUGCUCUGCUCCUCCUGCACGCACUGCCCAGGGCAGCGGGCGGGCUCCCCGGAGGGCGGGGGCCACUGAGGACGCCCUCUCCUCCCGCAGAUGAAAGGCGCCCUGGCGGAGAUCAUCCAGCUGGCCACCCUGGACUCGGACCCCUGGGUGCUCAUGGUCGCCGACAUUCUCAAGUCCUUUCCCGACACGGGCUCGCUUAACCUUGAUCUUGAAGAGCAGAACCCCAACGUUCAGGAUAUUCUGGGAGAACUUCGAGAGAAGGUGACCGAGUGCGAGGCGUCCGCCAUGCUGCCUCUCGAGUGCCGGUACUUGAAUAAAAGCGCCCUGACGACCCUCGCCGGCCCCCUCACCCCCCCGGUGAAGCACUUCCAGCUCAAGAGGAAACCGAAGAGCGCCACGCUGCGGGCCGAGCUCCUGCAGAAAUCCACGGAGACCGCCCAGCAGCUGAAGAGGAGCGCGGGGGUGCCCUUCCACGCCAAGGGCCGGGGGCUGCUCCGGAAGAUGGACACCACCACCCCGCUCAAAGGCAUCCCGAAGCAGGCGCCCUUCCGCAGCCCCACGGCCCCCAGCGUCUUCAGCCCGGCCGGGAACCGGACCCCCAUGCCCCCCUCGAGGACGCCUCUGCGGAAGGAGAGGGGCGUGAAGCUGCUGCACAUUUCUGAGCUGGAUACGGUCGGUGCCGGCCGAGAGGCAAAGAGAAGAAGGAAGACGCUGGACACGGAAGUGGUGGAAAAGCCGGCCAAGGAGGAGACGGUCAUCGAGAACGCCACCCCCGACUACGCCGCCGGCCUGGUUUCCACACAGAAACUGGGGGCUCUGAACAGCGAGCCUUCGCUGCCCUCCACCAGCUACCUGCCUGCCACCCCCAGCGUGGUCCCGGCCUCCUCCUACAUCCCCAGCUCCGAGACUCCGCCAGCAGGCCUCACUGUGCUUACAGCCCCACCUUCCCGGGAAGCCAGCCGGCCCCCCGAGGAGCCCAGCACCCCGAGCCCUGCCCUGCCAGCACAGUUCAAGCAGAGGGCACCCAUGUACAACAGCGGCCUGAGCCCAGCCACGCCCACACCCACGCCCACGGCGCCCGCCUCACCUCUGACGCCCACCACACCCCCAGCUGUCACCCCUGCUGCGCAGGCACCUCCAGUGGCCAUGGUGGCCCCACAGACUCAGCCCCCUGCCCAGCAGCAGCCCAAGAAGAAUCUGUCCCUCACGAGAGAGCAGAUGUUCGCCGCGCAGGAGAUGUUCAAGACGGCCAACAAGGUCACGCGGCCCGAGAAGGCCCUCAUCCUGGGCUUCAUGGCCGGCUCCCGAGAGAACCCGUGCCAGGAGCAGGGGGACGUGAUCCAGAUCAAGCUCAGCGAGCACACGGAGGACCUGCCCAAGUCGGACGGCCAGGGCAGCACCACCAUGCUGGUGGACACCGUGUUCGAGAUGAACUACGCUACAGGCCAGUGGACGCGCUUCAAGAAGUACAAGCCCAUGGCCAACGUGUCCUAGGGUCGCCUGCCACUGCUUCCGCCGGCGACAGGCUCCAAGGACGCGGCUCUGGCUUCCGAGUGGCAGGCCUCCGCCAUGCUGCCGAGCCCUGCCUCGUUCUCGGGGUGUUUUAGACUGAUUUUUUAAGUUUUAAGAUGGGUUACUUUUUGUGUGAUCUAAGUCACUUUUUUGGAUUCAAUAUUACAUUUUUGAAUGUUAAAGUUAACCAAAAAAGUUCUAACUUCCUAAUUUUAGUGACAGCUCUGCCUGUUAUAGACUUUUACUUUUUUAUUUUUCUUAAAUUCCAUUGCCCUCGAGGUUGAGGGGACCAAAGGGGGGCCAGGCGGGACUGAGAACAGGGUGGGGACAGGCUGCUGAGGCCGAGCCACACUCCCGCCCACAGGUUUUCUACGCGUCUUUUGUACAGUUGUGAGCAUUUGAGACCAGCCUCCGGGCACCUGUGUUCAUUGUACAAACUACCUGAGUGAUUAAAGUUUAGCUUUUCUACAGGAA